UAUAUGGCCUUUUUGGAUUAUGGACUAAACUAAUAGAUAGUUGAGUUGGGUUGGAUACUUACCAAGUAAAGGAAAAAAAGAUACUUAACUACCUCUGUCACUGGGUUUAUAUAUUAAAAUAGAAUUAUGCAGGCAUCAUCACAUCAGGAGGUCCAUGGAAAAGUUUCAGCAAUUCUUCAGAAUUAUGAUGUUGGUCCUCUUGGAAAAGGAAUUUGUGUUGAAGAGCUUAAAUGCCGCCCAUAUGACUGCAGAGUGCCCCAUAGUGUAUUACAUGGACAUGGUGCGUGUGCAUUGCAGAACAUGGGGACACAGAUUUCACCAAGGCAACGACAGGAUCACCAACUCUGGAUGCCAAGGCAAAAAAAGCUGUGAGAAGGAAACCACGCAGAGGAGAAGACCUCUGGUACGCAAGGGACCAGUUCAUACCGAUAUGGAGGUCGGUGCUGAGUGCGCGGUAUAUCACGAGAAUCAUUCCAUCCUAUGUGCCGAAGAAAGAGUUUGCAGAUCUUCAGCCUCAAACUCAAAUCCAGCUUGGCUUGUUGGAGAGAAGGUAUAUUUUCUACAAUCCAUUCUCCGCAAGCAACUGCCGAUCAACUCUCCUGAAGACGCUGAAGCGAGUCAUGUGACGAUCGAGCACUGGCGAGAAGGUAUAAUAGUUUUACUUGUUAGUUGAAGCUUCUGGACACACUCUAGAUGGGAAUGGAAGGAGUUGAGGCACCCGAUCAUCCCCUGGAAGAUUUCAGUUAUCUACUGUAUUUCGGUGUUGGGGGUCGUUAGCAUGAACUGAACUAAUGCUUAAUAGGUUGUGCUUCAGCCAUGAAUGCUUGAUCAAUUGCCAUGAUCAGUGAUGGAACUGUGCUUGGAUGUCUUGACUGUCACUGUCUAUCUAAAACAGCUGUUAGUUGUUUAAGUGGAAAUAUGAGUAUGUUUCUGAGGCUUGUCAUGACCUGAUAAGUUGUGAAACAUAUGCCCGUUUUAGCUUGAACCUUGACUCUA